AAAUUAUGUACGUGGAUACGCCCCCCUAACAUGAUGCUUUUUGAUAAGAGGCAAUGGCUGUGUUUAACGUUCAGCUGUUUGUAAACACUCUUCUUUAUUUCUUUAUUUUUGUCUGCGGAUUUGCCAUCUCCGUACCACUAGGUGUUACCAACAUUGAGAAUUCUGGAGGAUGUCUGUUGUACGCCAAGAUACAGCCCUACAACGUGACGUACUACACACUGUUGUACAGCAAGAAGUCCAACUGUGACUUCCCCAUCUACAUCGGCGUCUUCGUCUGCAUCUUUUACGCUUUGGGAAUGGGAAUAUACAAUACCUACGCCAUUUACAAAUCUCAGAAAGACCCCUCCAUAGCGUCCCAGAUGUGGGUGAUGCCCUUUAUUCUGCUGAACUCGCUGGUAGCCGCCAUCAUGUUUGUCGCAUCCUGUGUGAUCAGUGUCGGGUUCAGAGAGCUGUGCGACUCCCUCACCAAGAACAAGUACCAAUACUACUCAAGUUGCGGAAAGGCCGAGAAUCAAAGGCUUCAUUCGCAGACUACGCACAAAUUUAGUUCCACGGGAAAGUUCUACACCUAUAUUAACGUCACUCAGACUGCGUCGUGGAUCUGCACUUUAGGCUGGAUAGCGCUGGUAGUAUCUGGAAUUAUCCGGUUUUCACUCAACAGGCGACUGCGCAUGCAGGGCAGUCAGAAUACUGAGCGAGCACCGUCAGACUUGACUCAGAUAGCCUCUAUAGAGCCGACAGCGUAGCGAAAAGCCAAACCCACGUGCGGUAAAAACAGCUGAUGAACAAAUAAACAUUCUGUGUUUCAACGACCUAAUUAGGGGAUUUUCAUGUCUCCUUAUAUUCACCCCAGGGGGUCACUUAUCAAUUGCCAGGAAUGAUCACUAUAUAUACCAUACAUUGGUCAGCGGGUGAGUGGAUGGGUGGGGUUAAAGUUUAGGAAAAGUAAAUUAUGUCUUUAUUGUAUGCAUUUAUAGGCUUUCAUAUAUUCUAUAUAUAUUUCUAUCUUACUUGAUGGAAGGAAACUAGCAACCAUCGAGCCGUGCCUGUGUAACGGGACUCAGUCAAACGUGACCAUGUUUAUAUGUAUAUAGCUGUAUCAAUAUAUGUUAGCUUGAAUGAAGUUUGUCAUUAAAACUAUGUACAUAGAACUGCACAUGUAUAUAAGUUACAGACCAAUCAAAAUGUUAGAUCCGCUCACAUACUCGCCAUGCCUGCUAUAACAUCUAACUGAAUUUCUGUUUGAACUUUCUAUAUUUCUGUUUCUAUGCAGCAUAAUGACUGAUAUUUACUAUAGAACUGUAUGCACAUGUUUGAUGUAUAUUUAAUAUUCAUUGUCUUUUGCAAUUGUAAUUGUUUAUUUGCUUGUUAAUUGUGUAUAUAGUGAGUAGUUUUAUUGUAAAAUGUUACGUUUAUGUAGUCAGUUUCAAAAUGGUGGAAUUUGCUAUAAUAAAAGAUUAUUACAUAA